AUGAAAUGUCUUUUAAACAAGAAAGGUUUCAACAAUGUAGCCACCAGAAAUCGAUUUAAAGAGAGAAACUGCCGUUUGCCGUACGACAAGAAACUGCUCGAUUACGAUUCUCCACGAUGCAAUGAAAUUUGCAUAAUUUUACGUGCUGAUUUAUGCUCAAAUUUCGUCCAAUUUGCUGCAACUCUUGGUUGA